CGAUAGAGAAAGGAAGAUGGAAGGGGAGAGAUGAAUUAAGAGGGGAAGGAGGAGGAGGAGGAGGAGGAAAUGGAGGAAAUGCUGGUAGCAGCCGACGAAAAGGAGGGUACAUUUGGUUGGGGUACCUUUCUCUCCCUCCCAGUGACUCUCUCUCUCUCUCUCUCUCUCUCUCUCUCUCUCCCCGAGUCUCCGAAUUGAUCUGCGCGGGAAGGGCAGCUGGUCGCGUAGCGCAGCAGCAGCAGCAGAGCCAGUGCCACUCAGGACACCCCCUUUAGUCCUUCUGCAAUUUGCUUCGUGUACUCUCGAUCCCCACUUUCUUUCCCCCUAGUUCUCCUCCAGCGGUCGUCAUCGCGAAAGACUGACCACGACUCGAUUCGAUUGUCGAUCGCUAGACGGUUCUCUGGCGAGAAGUCUGAGAGGGGUUUAUCCCGCACAGAAAUGUCGCCGCCAGAACGUUUUCGAUUUCAUGUCUAGUUAGUGCUUCGAUAGACCAGCCCCAGGACGGGUACUACUCGCUCCAUGGCCUGCGGCAGGAAACUGGACAGAGCUGUCUCCUGCCUGUAGAAGGAAUAAAGGGGAAAAUACGAGUACAUCUGAGUGCCGCACGAGUCCAAUCCGCCUCGGACGAAACAACACAGGUGAGGUAACUACACAGGAGCAGGUUCAAGAGAAGGUCAAGAUGUUGCCAUAAAACUGAAGCGAGGCAAAGAGGUGCGAGGAGGUACUGAGGGCGUCUGCAGCAGCCUUUUUUUGUGCAGGAGGAGGUUGAGGUUUCCGCCCCUCCCGCAGCCAUGACCGACGGAGGCCUGACAGUGGAGCAGUCGACGGAGAGCGUCGAGGCUCUCUCGAAGGAGGCCGAGGGACUCAAGGUGAAACUCGAGGAGGAGAGGCAGAAGCUGAACGACGUCCCUUUGACCACGGUGGCCGCUCGACUGGAGCCCAUCCCUCCGCUCAACAUCAAGCCUCGUCGGGUGCUGAAGGGUCAUCAAGGCAAGGUUCUAUGUUCUGAUUGGUGCAAUGACAAGCGGCAUCUCGUCUCCUCGUCGCAGGACGGUAAGAUGAUAAUCUGGGACGCGUUCACCACCAAUAAGGAACACGCAGUUACGAUGCCCACCACGUGGGUCAUGGCCUGUGCUUAUGCCCCCACAGGGAGUAUGGUAGCUUGUGGGGGAUUAGACAACAAAGUGACGGUGUAUCCCCUGAGCUUUGACGAGGAUGUGACCCAGAAGAAGAAGGCUGUUGGGACUCACACGUCCUACAUGUCCUGUUGCACCUUCCCUUAUUCAGAUCAACAGAUUCUCACCGGAUCUGGAGAUUCGACCUGCGCCCUUUGGGAUGUAGAAUCGGGUCUGAUGCUUCAGAGCUUCCAUGGGCACCAGGGUGACGUCAUGGCGCUCAACUUGGCACCCUCGGAAAAUGGCAAUACGUUCGUCUCUGGGGGGUGUGAUAAGAUGGCGCUUAUCUGGGACAUGAGGACAGGGCAGUGCGUGCAGAGUUUCGAGGGCCACGAGUCUGAUAUCAACUCUGUCAAAUUCUACCCGUCAGGAGACGCCAUCGCCACCGGGUCAGACGACGCAACGUGUCGCUUGUUCGAUCUGCGUGCUGACAGAGAAAUCGCUAUAUAUACCAAAGAAAGUAUCAUCUUCGGAGUCAAUGCCAUUGACUUCUCCGUUAGCGGGCGUCUGCUCUUCGCUGGCUACAACGACUACACAGUCAACGUGUGGGAUACCCUCAAGUGCCAGCGACUGACGAUCCUCUACGGGCACGAGAACAGGGUAUCAUGCCUCAAGAUGUCGCCCGACGGGACUUCCAUAUCUACAGGGUCUUGGGAUUUCACUCUCAGGAUAUGGGCGUAAACCAGGAAAAUUCCACACCAAAUAAAGUAAAACUACUCAGCAACUGGACUAAGUGAAGGUCUGAGGAACAUGAACGGAAGGCAGCCAAAGAGAAUGGAGCGCAAAAUGAAAUUGGUAAACAAAGGAAGCACGAUGAUUCAGGAAAAUGAAGCACCAAAAUUGGAAAUAAAACAAAGGUCAAAGGCACGAGAAAAUGCAGCACAAUGGCUCGCCAAACAAGCACAAGGAUAUAAAAAAGAAGCUUAGAGAUACCAGAAAAUGCAGCACAAACAUUGAAGAAAAUGAAGCACAAAAAUUGAAGAAAUUGAAGCACAAACAUUGAAGUAAAUGAAGCACAUAAAUUGAAGAUAAUGAAGCAUAAACAUUGAAGAAAAUGAAGCACAAAAAUUGAAGAAAAUGAAGCACAAGGUACAUAAAGCAAAUACAGUGUCAGGAAGAAGGAAAAAAUGAAAGAAACUUUGAAGAAGAAAUAACAUUUAAAAGCAAAAGUGAUGUCACUGAAGACGUAAAAUUCACACAAAUGAAGCAUAAGUUUGCUUGGAUGGUAUUAUGUUAUUCGUCGCAGUUGUGUUUAGUAUAUUUAUGUUCAUUUAACAAUCACAGUCAUUUGUAUUUGCCAAAGAUUGAACACAAUGACAGAUAUUUUGUGUAUAUACUUUCUGAUAUGUAUUAUCUAUACAAAUAUUUUAUAUAUAGUGUUUAUACAUUAUUUAUAUAAUAGUUUCUAUAUGCACACACAGAUGUACGUAUAUGUAUGAAUACAU